AAAAGCAUCUGCCAUUGCUGUCUCAGAGCCCUGAAUACAGGAUGGUUCUGUCAGGCAGGGCUCCUAUUGGGCUGAGACAAUUUCUUUGCCAUCUCACUCUCUUUCUUUUGGUUGCUACUUUACUCAGUUUAGCACCUGCAGAAACUUGGACUCCAGAAGGCUACCGUGAUGCUUUCCCUCCAUUGUGGCAUCUUGCUCCUGGAAGCUUGGAAGAAUACCCAGUGCAAGGCAAUAAAAUCGUGGUUGCUGCCUGGAACUACAAGGAAAGAUUGGGAAUGUAUAAAAUCAUGUUAAACCAUUCCGCUAAAUAUUUUGCAGCACUGGGACCCAACAAUGAAGACAAUAUCCUCUGGGGUUUGCCGCUGCAACAUGGUUGGCAAUACCAGUCUGGCAGACUAGCAGAUCCGCUAAAUUUUACAUCUUGUGGUCAUGAAGAUGGAGUAAAUCUGUACAUAUCUGUACACAGCUGGUGGGCUUGUGCAAAUUAUGCACUAGCAAUUAUUCCAUUUCUGGGAGCUCUAGAAAGUGGUUUCUUUGGAGACUUACCAUAUGAGGUAGAAAUGCUACCACCAGAUGAGCGAAGAGAUGACUUUUGUCAUAACACAGUGGAAUGCAACAAUCAGGCACCAAAAGUUAUGGCUGGAUGGAGGAACUACUUCAAGUAUCUCUCAUCCACUGCAUGGAACUCUGAAGCAUUUUCCUUCUCAAAAGAUGAAGCAUUGAAAUAUAUGUGGAAAGCUCAUGUUCUCUCCCUAUCUUAUGCACUUCCAAAGUGUCAAAAUCGACUAAAAUUCCUGAGUGGCCCUGAAAGUGCUUUUGGAGAAGACUGGGGUAAUGCAGUGGAUUUCAUUGCAGCCACACGUUUUUCCACAGAUCAGAUGACUACAAACCAUUUCCAAACUGGAUUGCCACCACGACAACUACUUGAAAGAGAUAGAGCCCCAUCGAUUGGUGACUUCACUCCUACACAAAAUAAUGUGCUGUUUCUGCUUUCUUCUCUUCGCAAGACGAAUGAGAAAAUGAGAGGAACUUUGUCGGUGUUAUGGAAAAUGGCAAUGUCUACAGAAGCUGGAAGGAAAGCAGGACGUGCCCUUAUUGAAAGUGUGGUUUAAGAGCACUAGUCUUUGAGAAAGCUCAGCUCUACAUAAACCUGAUUAUCUUAACUGACUAUGCAAUAGUAUUUGGCUAAAGUCAAAAUCUCAAUUUGUAUCAAUAUUUGUUUAAUUUUCUCAAUUCAUCCUCAUUUCUUUAUUCUUGUGUUCUGAUUCUAGUUCUAAACUGCUGAUCAAGUUAGUUGAUACACAUUUGGUGGAAACACAAUGGGAUAUAGCUAAAUGUAGGAGCAUGGCUA